UUUCUUCUUCUUUCUCUUACUUCACAACUUUGUUCAAAACUAUUUUCUUCUUUCUCUCUUAUUCACCCUCUUCCCUCUUCUGUUUUUCUUCAACCAUUGAGGAAGUUGUAAAAGUUUGUUAACUUGUCUGUGAAGAAAAUUUUGUUCUGUUUACAGAGAAGCAAAGAUUUUCAUCACUGGAUUCUGAUUCUAUGGAGAUUUUGGGUCAAAAAGAAGGAAUGCAUUCUGUUAUACAUGUUCAAAAACUACUUGAUCAAUUUUCAUGUGGAAAUGACCAUGCCUUGAAGGCAAGGAAGCCAUAUACUAUCACAAAACAGAGAGAAAAGUGGACAGAUGAAGAACAUAAGAAGUUCCUUGAAGCUUUAAAAUUAUACGGCCGAGCCUGGCGAAAAAUCGAAGAACAUGUUGGCACAAAGACUGCUGUGCAGAUUCGAAGUCAUGCUCAGAAGUUUUUUUCUAAGAUCAAUCGAGACACUGAUGGGAAUGAUACAACAAUGGUGGAGACAAUUGAAAUUCCACCUCCAAGACCAAAACGGAAGCCGAUUCAUCCUUACCCACGUAAACUAGUUGAAAUCCCAAAGAAUGAAAUCUCCAACUUGGAACAGCCACUGAGGUCUAAUUCGCUUGUGUCGUUAGAUUUUGGUCAAGAAAACAACUCUCCAAAGUCAGUAUUAUCUGCAGUUGCUUCAGAAACCCUUGGUUUCUCUGAUUCAGAUACCCCUGCCGGAAGUUUGUCCCCGGUCUCAUCCAUUAGUGCUGUUCAUACCAGUAGAUUUCCACUUCUUGAGUCCAAAUCAUCAUCAUCUGAGGAAGAUCUGUCUCAACAAAUAGAUGAACUGAAUGGCGGUUCAACUCAUGAUGUACAACCUUUAAUGAAACUGGAGCUUUUCCCUAAAGAAUGUGUCGCAACCAACGAAGUAGCAGCAGAAGAAUCACCUUGUCGAACUCUCAAACUUUUUGGAACAACUCUGUUAGUAAAAGAUACUUGCAAGUCUUCUUUGACAUCAACGGACGCAUCCGAACCUAUUCCUGCCACGCAGCAACUUCAGCGUGGUUGUUCAGAUAUUAGUCUUGCAACUGUUGUGCCUUGGUGGACUAUUUCAGACAAUUCGGCAUUCAAGCCACUGCACACGGAACCAGAGGGAAAACAUCUACAUUCAAAUCAUGGAGAAUGCGAAGAUAAAGAAAUUCAAAAGGAAGGAUCUUCGUGUGUUGGUUCUAAUAGUACUAGUUCAAUCAGUGAUGAAGAAAGCAAUGAAAGAUUAGACGAUCAAGCCAAAAGUGAUAAUGUGAAUUACUUUGUUGGCCACACUACACUAAAUGAAACAGUUAGACUUAGAACAUUUGGAAAAGGGUUUGUACCAUAUAAAAGGUGCAUGGCAGAAAGAGAAAGACAAUGUUCGACAGUAACAGAUGAGAGGAGGGAACAUCAACGUAUGAGACUUUCCUUAUAGUUCCCUCCCAAUAGGAUUUUCUUUAAAGGAGUUUCCAUUUUAUAGAUGUAAAUUGAAAACACAUAAAGAAGCUGUUUCUGUUGCCAGAUUACAUGGUAUCAGAAAAGAGAGAAAUGGGAGCUGAAAUUUUGACAUAUCUGCUGGAUUGGAAAUCCUCCACAAGCCUAAUUUUUCUUACAUAUUAAGCUACAAGACUUUUUUGUACAAUGGCCAGGUCGCAGGCUUUUGUAUUUCUUUAAAUUCUUUCUCCACCAUCUACUGUGAAUUAUCCAGUUUUUUUUAGCUUAUGGCUGUUGUUUUUUCCUCUUUUGUAUGUUUAUUUUCAUGAAAGUUUAAGUGUAAGUUACGUAUUUGGUAAGGCUCCAAUUGUUCAUAUGUUAUCUACUAAUAGAUUUACCAUGCAAGUGUAUGUUA